UGCAGUAUAUAACCAUUUCGUCUUUGCGUAUAGUUAUGAAACGUUUGUCUGUGCACACGUCUACUUGAUUUUUACGAAUCUUUCUCAGCACUGAUCGCGAAAAGUCUACCUUAUUCAUGAUAGUUGUCUAUCGAACUCUGAGCUUGAUGCUCUCCUGAGGCAUCUACAUCAUGGAAGUGCUACAACAAGAAUCGCCUGGUUCAUGUCUCACAGUAUGGUUGGUGUUUGCUGCAACGGCAUUGCUAAUACUAUACCUGACAUGGAACUACACGUACUUUCUUCGCAGGGGAAUACCCGGUCCUCUACCAUUCCCCGUCCUAGGAAAUGUCCUCGAUUGGAAAGAGGGUGUACAGUAUGCGCUGGAUGGAUAUAUCAAGAAAUAUGGAAACUGUUGCGGAUUUUACCAAUUCUUAACACCUGCUAUACUUGUGGCUGACCCCGACAUGAUAAAACAAAUAAUGGUUAAACAUUUCGAUCGUUUCCACAACAGAAUGUAUAUUCCUGUAGAUAAUCCGAUGUUGAGGAGUGCUUUGUUCCUCAGCAGUGAUGACCAGUGGAAGAAGAUUCGACACACACUUACUCCAGCAUUCAGUGGUAGGAAGAUGAAACUGAUGUCGGAGAUGGUGAGGGAACCAGCCAGCAGACUUGUUCAGAAUUUGAAAAAAGUAUGCGGUACAGACAGACAAGGCAUAGUCGAGUUAAAGGAAUUGUUUGGUGCAUACAUCAUGGAUACGAUAGGAUUGUGUGCGUUUGGAUUAAAUGUAGAUUCACAGAAAAACAAGGAUGAUCCCUUUGUUCUCAAUGCCAAGAGAUUCUUCUCCAGUUUAGACUUUACAUCACCGGCGAUGAUUAUUAGCAUGCUUACCAGUAAGAUUCCAGGAGUUUCACACAUUCUGCCGUUGUUGGGAUUGACAGUGUUCCCCCCUGAAGUCCUAGAAUUCUUUAUAGCUAUUAUUGACCAAGCUGUCGAGCAGAGGAAGACGAACAAAGCUGCAAAGACUGUUGACUUUCUCCAGCUGGUUAUCGAUUCUACCAAAGAUAACGCAUGCGAAGACGAAGACGAUGACGAUGACGCAACGACAAAUGGCACAUCUUCUUCAUCCCAUGCCAUCGAUAAAAAGAGAAAGAGGCAGGCGCUGACUCGACAAGAGCUGACAAGUCAGGCACUUGCAUUCUUUGUUGCUGGAUACGAGACAACAACCACUGCACUGUGUUUCACCGCCUACCUCCUGGCAACGAACCCCGAUCAGCAAGAUCGUCUCAUUGACGAGAUAGACAGAUUGGUGCCAACGGCAGAGGACAUCACCUACGACAACCUCAAGAAACUAACUUGUCUAGAGAACUUCAUCAGCGAGUCACUUCGAUUGUACCCACCCGGUGCUCUUAUUGAUAGAGUGUGUAACCAAACGACGACGAUCAACGGCCAUGUUUUCCAAGCAGGAGACUCCGUCAGCCUCCCGAUAUGGAGCGUUCAUAGGGACCCAGAACACUGGCCCAACCCAGAGAAGUUUGACCCAGACAGAUUCAAUAAGGAGAACGCAGCUGGUCGUGCCCCUCUGGCCUGGCUUCCAUUCGGUGGUGGUCCUCGGUUCUGUAUCGGGUUAAGGUUUGCGAUGAUGGAGAUCAGAACGGCAACGGUGAUGCUACUACAGCAGUUCCGUCUUGAAGUGGCACCCGAAACAGAGAUUCCACCUGUUCUUGGUAAGAUGGGGUUCAUCAACCCUCCUAAUGGCAUCACACUCCGUGUCGUGGAAAGAAGCAAAUAGCAAAACUUACUCAUCCCCAAGCCAGAGGGAACAAUCAGCAUACAUAACAGCUCUGAUAGACACUCAAAUGAGGCCGGCUAUGUAGAAGUUUAGCCAAAGGCACACAAGGAAAAAUAAAUGAUGAAACUAGA